AUGGGUGAAGUAGAGGAGGUGCACAAACAGAUAAAGGCUGAUAUGUCGACCCUGAAAGAUCAAAUGGCUUCCAUGACGGAAGCCAUGCUAAGCAUGAGAAGAUUAAUAGAAAGUAACAUAGCUGCGGCAGCCGCCACUAACACCGCCACUAAGGCAGAUCCCAUCCUUCCGUUUGCAACGAAUCCAGCACACCAACUCGCCCCAGACAUAGUGGGACCAGGUGAAGAAGUAUUAGGGAGUACCGGUGGCCCGCAUUUGGGGUAUAACAAAAAUGCUUACCCCUACGGCUUACCCCCCAAUUUCACACCACCCACCAUGCACGAGAACAUGGAUCAUGUCGUUCUCGUUACCUUCGAAGGUCAACUUCCUCAUCCUAUAGGGGGCGCCCGCGAAGAGCCUCGGGAGCAUGCCCAAGUUGACGUUGACUUAUACCCCCCGUUCAUCGCCGAGGGACCGGCGUUCAAUGCCAUGCCUCAGCCUAAUACUGCGGGAGCCUCUCAACCCCGCCCGAUGCAACCACUACAUUUCUUCGUGGGGGGGUCACCUUUAGCAAUGAAGGGAAAAGAAAAGCUUGAUCUCAUCGAAGAGAGAUUAAGAGUGGUCAAAGGGUUCGAUGAUUACCCUUUUGCUGAUGUGACUGAUUUGUGUUUGGUACCAGAUGCGGUCAUUUCUCCCAAAUUCAAGGUACCGGAUUUUGACAAGUACAAGGCGACCAAUUGCCCCAAAAAUCACUUAAAGAUGUAUUGUCGGAAGAUGGGGUCGUACUCAAGGGACGAGAAGCUGCUCAUGCACUUCUUCCAAGACAGCUUGGCCGAAGCAACAGUCAUGUGGUACACCAACUUGGAAGCCUCUUGUGUCUGCUCGUGGAAAGAUUUGAUCACUGCCUUUAUUAGGUAG